AUGGCUGAGACCGAUUCCUUCCUUCACCUCGCGCGGCCUUUGGGCCCAGUGACGGUGGGGUCUGCACCAACCACUGCCCCUCUGAACGUGGUUAUUCAACCUCAGGCUAUUUUCUCCAUUCUCGACCACUCGCUGCGCCGAAACGCCGAUCAAGAUCGAGUCAUUGGAACACUCUUGGGAACACGAAGUGAAGAUGGAACCGAAGUCGAAAUUCGAAGCUGUUUCGCUGUCGGACACACAGAGACUACCGAUCAAGUCGAAGUAGACAUGGAAUACCAGAAACAGAUGCUAGCCCUCCACCUCAAAGCAAACCCCAAGGAAGUCCUCGUGGGCUGGUACGCCACAUCAUCCGAGUUGAACACCUUUUCCGCCUUGAUUCAGAAUUUUUACGGCCAGAGCGAUGGAACAUGGCCACACCCCGCAGUGCAUCUUACUGUCUCCACAGAGCCUGGAAAAGAUAUUGAGACCCGUGCUUAUAUCUCUGCUCCUGUUGGUGUUACCGUUGAGCGGGCCGCUGACAGCGCUGCUUUCAUCCCAGUUCCUCAUGAGAUUCGAUAUGGAGAGGCUGAGAAGAAUGGUUUGGAGGCCAUCGCUAAUGCCCGGGAUACGGAAGACCGACAGACCAAUAUCUUUACUGAUAUUGAGGCUUUGGAGCGCGCUGUUGAGGAGGUUAUUGGUAUGAUUGACCGGGUUUCGAAAUACGUCGAGGCUGUCAUUGAUGAGGAGGCCCCUGCAUCGACUGCCCUUGGUCAAUUCUUGUUGAACGCACUUGCAUUGGCUCCUAAGGUUGAACCGGCAGAUAUUGAACGUGACUUUAACAACCACAUCCAAGAUGUCUUGGUCGUUUCCUACUUGGCCAACACAAUCCGCACACAAAUGGAACUUUCCAACAGACUUGCUACCGCUCAACUCACUCUCGGAGGAGGCGAGGGCGCCACUACCGGCGAGGGUGCCCAACGCAACCAGCGAGGCGGCAAGGGUGGUCGAGGAGGCCGUGAACAGCGCAACCAAGAGAGGAAUACUGAGGAAGCCCGCGCUUAA